AGGCUCGGUAGACUACACUGGUGACUAGCUCCACAUAUCACUACAACAUAUGUGAUUAUGGGGCCCAAAACGGCUGGGCAGACGCCAGUAUUAACGGCAGUUGUUUUGGGAGUAGCAGUAAGUGCUCUCUGUGCUUGCGCCCAACAACAACGUUCACAAACAACGGAAUUGGACCACACAGCCGAACAUAAAGAAUCUGAACUCUGGAAUAUUCUGGUCAGAAACGCUAAGGGGCAUUUAGAAGAGAAGUCUAGGGCUGAAACCAAUGGACAGAUAACGCAAAGAGAACAUCCCAACAUUACGAAGCGUCUCGAAGUGGUUUUCGAUGCCGAGACUUCUGAAGUGCUUGAGCCCAAAUCUACAAGUUUUCACUCAGUGAACAAGAGAUCAAUCCCAUUCGGUUACAGUCCAAUAGCGGGACUGGGAUACUACAAAGUCCACCGUGAGAAAGUCAAGUGGGAGAAAGCACGGCGCGUGUGUGCGAAGGAAGGCGGCCACCUGAUCAUCAUCAACUCGGCGGUGGAGGCGGAGGCGGUGGUGGCGGCGAGCCGGAUGCCCGAGUGGAGCUGGGCGGGCUUCGACGACUACUCGGCCGAAGGAGACUUCAUCACAUUGCACGGGACGACGUUGGAGGAUGCCGGCUACACGCUGUGGGAGGAUGGUGAGCCGGCAAGGGAUCUGCGCUGCGGUGUGGCAAGUGUCAAAGGCCGUUUGGGCAGUGGGAACUGCGAUUUGGAGAGAGGCUUCAUCUGCGAGUUACACGGCCCAAAUGAGCAUGUGCUCGAAGACAGCAAUAACCAAAUGACCGUGGGCUACCGACCCAUAGGUGGCUUGGGCUUGUAUCGCGUGCACCACGACCGCGUCAAGUGGGAGACGGCGCGGCGGCGCUGCGAGGCGGAGGGCGCGCACCUGGCGGUGGCCAACACGGCGCUGGAGGCGGCGGCCGUCUUCCGCACCAGCGGCCUGCCCGAGUGGUUCUGGGUGGGCUUCGACGACUUCGACCACAAAGGAAACUAUGUCAAUUUCGACGGUGAGGACUAG